AGGUAUGGCUGGCGCACUCGGCCAGAGCGGCCUAAGGAAGCUCCAUUUGUGUGCUCGUUACGAGGGGGAUUGAAGCCGAAGGCUGUUAAUCAAAAUGCCUGAGGAGAUGGCGGAUGGUGGGAGGAAGCUUGUAACACUCGACGACCUCAUCGAUGCCCUGGAUAAGCGCGAGAGGGCGCCGAGCAAUGUCCCGAAGGUUGAUACUUUCCACUUCAAGGGAGAACGGGUGUCCGACUGGCUGGACCUGACGGAGCAAGCACUGGUGGGGCUGUCGGACGAGGUCAAGCUCCAGCGAGUCCUAAGAUAUGUCGUUCAUAACCACCAUCAGGAAGUGGGCAAGGUCAUGGAUGCCGCCAAUGGUAGUUGGGCGAAGUUCAAGGACAUGAUGCAGAGAAAGUACAGGUUGGGGGAUCGCUUGCUAACCAUGGCGGAUUUGGAGGCCAUGAACAAGGAUGACUUUUCCACGAUUGGGGCGUUUGUGUACGAGUUUAAAAGGAAGGCGCGGAAGGUGGAGCAGCACCAGGUGCGGCUGCAAAGGCGCAAGAGAAAGGAAAGGGAUGCCACCGUGUCUGGGACCCCAGGGGUGAAGAGGAUCGUCACGGACGUAUUGGCAGCGCUGGGGUAUGUUAAUGAGGCGGAAGUGCAAAAGAGGGGAGUGACCGUGGCCCAAGGCCGGGCAUCGGGGGCAAUGGAAGAGGAGGCUAGGCGCGAGGACUAUGGCGGAGAAGAGACGGGCUCCCAGAUCCUAACCACGACCCAGAGGAAGCAGCGAAAUUUACAAGUGGGGGGUCGAGGAUCCGGAAAAGGGCAGGUCCCGCAAGCGAUUGCUGCACCGCCACCGGCUGCCACGACAACGUCGGCGACGGUCGGGCCGUCAUGAGGAAUCAGGCAAGAGGCUCUCCGGCGAGCAGCAGCGGGGCCCACAGCACCCCCGACGAUGUUUAGGAUGUGGCAAGAGAAGGAAGAGCCGACCGUAAGGGUCGAGGAGAUUGUGGGGGAUAACGAGGAGGUCAACCAGCGGCUAAAGGCAGGGACUAUAAGGGAGGAGCCUAUAGUCGUCGAAUCGGAUGAUGAGGGGAAGGAAGGCGAAGGAGAGUCGGCCAUACUCCUCCUGGGGAGGAUGGAAGAUCUGCUGGAGAAAGUGGGGAGAUACCAGCGGAAACUGCAAGCCCUGUGUGAAGAAGCCCGAGAGUGGGAGGCCAACCUGCCUGAGGUCUUCCUUUAUGACUCCGGGCCAGAGCCUUCGCCAGGACAACAAGGGUGCCCAAGAGUGGCGACUGUAGGGACGGUUCCUAGGUCAGGUAUGGCCUACAGACCCCCCACGUCGCAUGGGAGGGUACCGCAGGUGGCUCGGACUAGGAGCCAAAACAAGGCCGGGCCUAGCCAAGAGCCCAGUCAGGCACCCCCUCGAAAGGAGCCUGAGCCAGAACGUAGGAAAGAGGUGGUGGAGGUCCCGGAGGAAGAGGAAGAGGAUGAUGAUCAAGAGGAUGAGAGGCUCCGACAAGAGGAUCAGCGGGCGGAGCUGAGGGCCAAAAAGAGAGGAUCCCAGGAGGAGGUUGAGCCAAGCCUGCCCGACAGCGUGCCUAAGAGGAAGAAGUACGCGGUCCGGAUGGAGGAAGGCUUUGAUGUGGAGCGGAUGGUGGACAAACUCCUGGAAGGCCAUAAUGACGCGAAGGCUGGUGCCAAAUGUCCAUCUGAGAACCAGAAGUGUACUGGGAUGGUGGACACGGGCGCAAAGAUGAACAUCAUCAGGGAGAAGGAGGCAGUGAUGAUAGGCAUGGAGAUCGACCACUCGGACCAUGGCAUGCUGCACAGCGCUAACUGCAAGGCCGCCUUUUGCGGCACAACGUCAAAUCUGAUUAUAGAGAUUGGGAAGGUGCGAGCCAGGACUUUCUUUUUUGUUAUGCCUGAUGUCGAUCACCCCAUCCUUCUGGGGCGGUCGUUCCUGUGCCGGACGGAAAUGUUGAUCUUCAACAAGCACGACGAAAUAAUGAUCCUGCUCCUGUGCGACCCGGCGUGUGGGAAUUAUGAAGUUAUCACCUGCCGGAACACGGGGCCGGGGAGCGGGAGGAAUAGGCCCAAUCUAGGCUCGUUCACCUUUGAGGAGUCAGAGAACGAGCGGAGACGGCUUUGGGAAGUGCCCGAGGAGGAAGAUAGGGCUAAGGUGCUGACAUUGAGCCUCACGGAUGUGAAUAAGGCCAUGGAGGUGGUAUCGGCUCACGACAUGGCGGAUCCGGAGGCCAUUAAGGCAUUGAGGGAACAGGUUUUGGAGAACCCUCAGGUGGGGAAGGUGGAGUUGGUGUAUCGGCUUCUGGGAGGGAGGGGAGGCCCUGCGAUGGCCCAGGCCCGAGCGACAAGGAACAAGAACAGGGCAGAUGCGUUAAGCCGCAUCAACUGGGACGGAUCGGACGAGAAAUCGAUAGAAGACACGCCGCCAGUUGAUGGUUUUUUGGACCAAGAGGAAGACGUCCGCCUGCACAUAAACGAAUGGUCCCUGCGAAAGCCCAGUUGCGUCAGUCACCCCAUAUGGCUGGCACCAAAGGGGUACGAGCAGAGGGAAGAGUUAGUCCUCAAGCCCUUUCAGGAGGAGGAUCCGUGGGGAAGUAAGGAUGUUGGUUGGAUGAUGAAGUUGGCAUUGGCAGGUACGCACAGUCUGGUGGAGGAAGUGAGGACAAUAGAGGAAGACCCCACUCAGGUAGAGGAGCAUGAGCAGCUAAUGGGAGGGAUAUACCUGCUCACCAAUACGCUCCUACAAGGAGACUUCGACCGGAAGGGCUCAUUCAGUCGUGAGGAAGGUGAAAUCCUAGUUCCUGAAAGCCAGGACGACGAAUUCGAGGAGGGAGAGAUUAAGGAGGCGUUUCCGGCAGAGGAGUAUGAUGGGAUCUACAGGGAGUUGGGGCUGCUUCUAUCAUGCGAGAUAAGGGAUAGAGAUGCGAGUGCCAAAGCACAGAAGAUGAGGCACCUCUAUGUGGUAAGAGAUAAUCAUCUGUUUAUAAAGUGGCAGGUCGGGAACCCCACGAGGAUCGUAUGUGGGAGACACCGGCAAAUUGAUAUCAUAGCGGCCCUACACGAUGGUAUAGCAGGGGGGCACAGAGGAGUAGGCGCCACAUGCUCGAAGAUAAGUGAGCUCUACCAUUGGGACGGAAUGCUGACGAUGGUCAUCAAAUACUAUCGGUUCUGUAUACCUUGCCAAGAGAGGUCAGUGCAAAGGCCUGUAGAACCCCUACACCCAACGUUAGAAAGGGAAAUGGGUGCGGUCGUACACCUGGACCUGUUAUUCAUGCCAGCAGGGGAGAAUGGGUGUAACUACAUCUUCGAUGCACGGGAUAACCUUACUGGGUUUGUGGACGGACGAGCUAUCCGGACGAAGACUGACCCGGUUUUGGCGAACUGCAUCGAGGAGUAUUACCUGCGAUACCCUUUUGUCAGGGAUUUCGUGAUGGAUCGAGGAUCAGAGUUUACCUGCAAUGAGGUGAGGACGUUGCUUGCAGGGUCUGACUUUUCGAAGACAACCAUGCAGAGGGGUGGGAGGGGCGCGCGGCCACGACAGAGGCCUCAGGGAGCAUCAGGAGGGGAUGACUCGUGCAGACCGGUUGGGAGAGAGUCUACGCCUAUCUUCGACGACAGUAACAUAAAGCUUUUUCUGGACUCCUACCAGGCACAUGCGACACGGGAGGGCUGGUCUAUCUUGGAAAGGAUACGGCACCUGAGGGGAGUUGGGCGCUUCGAGGAGCCUAUUGCGCACAUUCGAGAGGAGGCGUUGACAUGGCAGGAUGUGGAGGCGAGGAUGCAGAUGCCGAGGGCUUCGCCGAUGGGACCGGAUGGAUUGCCUAUUCGAUUGGAGGAAGGCAAUGCGGAGGAGUUCAUCCCGGCCUAUGAGCAGUAUAUGCGCGACCAGGGGACUGGGCAUGAGGAGUGGAUGCAGAUGCUGCCCCUUUGGACACGGAGGGCGAGAGGUCGUUGGCGAGGCAGAUCCGGGACAGGGCACACGACUGGGAAGACUGCCAGGCCCAGUUGAGACACGCAUUUCGACGACUGGAGCCCGAGAGACCAGAGACCAGGGUGGAGAGACGACAAAGGAGUAAGAGGCCACGGGGCCCAGAGGCGA